AUGGGCCUAUUGGAGUACGCCGUCUUCGAGAUCGCAGGAGCACGCAAAGGCAUGAUCGUUUUCCUGACGCUCGCUUACAUCGCCUUGCUGUUUGCGCUUAAGUCGUCUGGCAUCAUCCGGCUCAACCUGGCUUGGAAGCUCUCCCCCAUUGCCUGGAUGUUUUUCCUAUUGAUCGUUCUUUUCAUUCCCAUGCAAUGGGGUGCACCAUCGGGGCCGGUGGGCGUCUUUCGAAAUGUCAUUGAAAUCGUCCCUGCAGUGUCCGGCCAAGUAGUCGAGGUGCCGGCGGAGCCACUUACGGAAGUGAAGCAGGGCGAGGUUUUGUUUCAGAUCGAUCCGGAACCAUUCCAGCAGGAGGUUGCCCGGCUCAGUGCAGCUCUAGUCGAUGCUGAGCAACAACCCGAGUUGCUUGCCUCGGCAGUCGAGAUUGCAGAAGCGGCGGUGGCUCGCGCAGAGGCCGAGCGUGAACGUGCUCGGCAGAAGCUGGCCCGCAGCACGGAAUUGGUCGAAUCGGCGGCGGUCACCCAGGAAGAGUUCGAAGAAGACCAGCGGACAUCGAUCGUGGCCGACCGUGCUUACGAUGAGAACGUCGCUCGGCUAGCUCAAGCUCGGCUCGAACUCGCUGCUGUUACUGCCGAGGGUGAGAAUACAGCUGUGGCUCAAGCCAGAGAGCAGCUCGCUCGUGCAGAGUACGAUCUCGAACACGCAACCGUACGUGCCCCUUCCGAUGGACAGGUGCAACAACUGGCCCUGCGUCCCGGUGCCCGUGUGGCAGCCUUGCCGCUAAAGGGGGCUUUAGUAUUCAUCGAUUCCAGUCGCACUCGUGUUUCCGUCGCGGUGAAUCAAAACCAGCUGCGAUAUGUUCGCCCGGGGCAAGCUGCCGAAGUCGUAUUAAAGUACUUGCCUGGAAUGACGCUGCAGGCAGAGGUCCUGGGAGUUGCGGGUGUCACCUCCGGCGGACAGGUGCGAAGCUCAGGUGUGAUCGAAGAUCUGUCUCAGAAGGAACUAACACCGGAGCCUUAUCAGGUGGUGUUGAAGAUUACCGAUGUACGGGUUUCUGAGAGUGACUUGCCAGGGGGAGCGGUUGGAACCGCUGCGAUCUACACCGGUAGAGUCCAGUUUGCCCAUGUGAUUCGCCGUGUAAUGUGUAUGAUGAGCCGGGCUGUUGCGCUGCGUUAUCUGUUGUUCUUGUUUGCCUUGACGCUGGCACUCGUGGCUCGAAUGGUGCCUGCGGUCGGUGGUGAACCUGCUGAGGCCGACACCGCGGUCGAAGCAGAUGCCGAGGAGAAGUUCCUGCGGCUCGUGCGGAAUGACGAUGGCGAAUUGCUUUCGAUGGACACGGCCUUGGUCACCUUUCUUCCAACUGGCGAUGAGAACGCCGGGGUCGAAGUUACGCUGGUUGGCGUCGUUCACAUCGGAGAGAAGCAGUACUACGAGCAGCUGAACGGAGAAUUCGACAACUUCGAAGUUGUGCUCUACGAGUUGGUCGCCCCUGAAGGUACCCGCGUUCCCAAGGGAGGCGCCCCACGAGGCGGCAAUCCGCUAUCGAUGAUGCAAGGUGGCAUGCAGAGGAUGUUGGGGCUUGAGUAUCAGUUGGAGCAGAUCGAUUAUCAGCGUGAGAACUUCGUGCAUGCUGAUAUGUCGCCCGAGGAAUUCGAGAAGUCGAUGGCCGAUCGGGGCGACAGCUUCCUGGCCCUCUUCUUUCGCAUGAUGGGACGAAGCAUUGCCGAACAGGCACGGCAAGCCUCUCAAAAUGGAGGGCGAGCACAGAAUAGCGACGCCGAUUUGUUGCUGGCACUCCUCAACCCCGAGGGUUCCAACAAGGCCCUCAAGAAGAUGAUGGCUGAACAGUUUGAAGAUCUCGAAGGGGCGAUGAGUGUGAUCGACGGGCCCGACGGCUCCACACUGAUCACUGACCGAAAUCAGAAGGCCCUCGAAGUGCUGGCCGAGCAGAUCGAUGCUGGCAAAAAGAAAAUUGCGGUCUUCUACGGCGCCGGCCACAUGCCGGAUAUGGCCAAGCGGCUGGCCGACGAUUUUCAGCUCGAUCGAGGUAAAACCCGCUGGCUGAAAGCCUGGGUAAUCGAAGAGGAUGACAAAGAUUAG